UCUACAAGUUUUUGCCGGUUUUAAUUUUUAUUGUUAUCAUUUAUCUAUCAAAACACACAUGUGUGAUCUCUCCUUCAAAAAAACAAAAAAAAAAACAACAUUCAUGUGAAAACAAAAGAAAGUUUCAACAAUAUAUAACAAACAUUAUCAAUUUAUAUAAAUUUAUUCGUAUCGCAGUUUAACCAAUAAACUUGAUAAAUUAAAUUAAAUUUAUUGUAACUUAAAAAUAUAAAAAUGUCUUCAAGGUCAACAUUAGGAAUGCAACAAUUUCUUCAAGUUAUCAUGCACAAUGAAGUCUUGAGUGAUCAAGAAGUUUCCAAUGAAUGUGUUCGAAUAUUAGGUGAGAGAAGUCAUGUUAGAUGUAUUACUGAAAUAAACAAUAGUUUAUCAUCAAUCAACAUGGCAAUUCAAUCUGGUAAAGAUGAACUUACUGGUGAAAUUUUUUGGGCAUUUGUACCAACAAUUAAAGAUGAAAAAAUGAGAUAUCAGUCAAAGUAUACUCAAGCACAAUUGGAUUUAUUGAGAGCAAUAUUUUUGGAGAUUCUUGAUUCUGAAAAUGGCUUCAUCUCGAGUAUUGAUGCUUUAAAUAUUCAAUCAACUUUGGAACCAAGACUUUCUCAUGCUGAAGCUGAAACAACAAUUGGCGAAAUGGUUUCAUCAAAAUGGUUGUCAUCAAAGGAGGGAAAUAUUUACAUUGGUGUUCGAAGCACCAUUGAAUUGAUGCCAUUCUUUCGUGCAUCACAUCAUGAUGAAUUUAACGCUUGUCCAAUAUGCGAUCGUUCAUUAUUUCACGGCCACAAAUGUGAAAAUUGUCAAGCUGUUCAUCAUCUCUACUGUCUUGGUAUUGCUAAAAAAAGAACUGGUAUGCUUGAGUGUUUCAAAUGUAAAAAAACACUAAAUGCUACAGAUCUUCCAUGUAUUGAUUUAAAUAGUUCACGUGGAAGUCAAGCUGAACAAGAUGGAACACCAAGUCCACCAAUUAAAAUUAAAGGAAAAGGAAAAAAACGUAAGGAGCAUUGAAUAACAAUAACAAAAAUAAAUAAAAAAAACAACCACAAAGUAUAUUU